CCUUUGAACUGAGCGAAUUAUGGAUCCAAACUUGUUACGAGAACGAGAACUUUUCAAGAAACGAGCACUCUGUACACCUGCUGUAGAGAAACGUCCAGCACCUUCUUCUGAUUCCUCAUCUUCUAAAAAGAAGAAAGGCAAAGUAGAACAGAGUGGUUCAUCAAGUUCAAAACCAAAUACAGACCACAGCAAUGGAACUUUUAAUUUGAAAGCUCUUUCUGGAGGCUCUGGCUACAAGUUUGGCGUGCUUGCAAAGAUAGUGAAUUAUAUGAAG